CGCCCUCUUCUUUUGCUGCUGCGGGUCCGCAGAUGCAGUUGGCGAAUCCCUCGGGUUGAUACCAGCCCUGCCGGGCGGGGAGCGCUGCCUGCCCAGGACCUGAAGGGAACUACAAGGUCCAGGAUGCCGCGGGCCGUCGUGGGGCGGUGUCGGGUUCCGUGCGCGGCACGCCGCACACUGCGCACAGCAUGGCCGGCUUCGCCGAUUUGAACCUCCCGCAGGAGCUGGACAAGAAGUCCCUGCAGAGCUUGCUAGAAGCUGCAGCGCACUUGGGAUAUUCUGCAGUUGCUCUUAAUCAUGUCAUCGAUUUUAAAGAAAAGAAACAGGAAAUUGUCAAGCCAGUAUCUCUUUCGGAGUUGUUUCCAUCUUUGCCUAUUGUACAAGGGACAUCUAAAAGAAUUAAAGUAUUAACCCGGCUAACACUUGUUGUUUCUGAUCCUUCUCACUGUAAUCUCUUAAGGUCAACAUCUGCAAAUAUAAGGUUAUUUGACAUCAUAGCAGUAUUUCCAAAGACUGAGAAACUGUUCCAUAUUGCUUGCACAACUCUAGACGUGGACCUGGUAUGCAUAAAUGUAACAGAAAAGCUGCCGUUCUACUUCCGAAGGCCCCCUGUGAAUAUGGCAAUAGAUCGAGGCAUUUGCUUUGAACUUCUUUAUACGCCUGCCAUCAAAGACUCCACAAUGAGAAGAUACACAAUUUCAAAUGCACUCAGCCUGAUGCAGAUCUGCAAAGGGAAGAACAUUGUUAUAUCUAGUGCAGCUGAAAGGCCUCUGGAACUACGAGGUCCUUACGAUGUGGCUAAUCUAGGUUUGCUGUUCGGCUUGUCAGAAAGCGAAGCCAAGGCAGCUGUGUCUACCAACUGCAGAGCCACCAUACUCCAUGGAGAAACUCGGAAGAGUGCCUGUGGGGUAGUGUACACAGUGAAGAAGCCUCGUAAGGUUGAGGAGGAAGAAACAACACUGCCAGCCUUCAAAAAAGCUAAAACUCAAGCUUGAGGACUGGACCAAUUGUCAACAGGAGCCUCCAUCCCAUCUUUACCCAGUGCUCAGUCUUCCCAUCACCCUCCAGGCAGCCCAGUUCCUCCCUUACUGCUUCAUUUAGCCUGGACAAGAACUAUUCUUCUGGUGAUCCAAGUAGAGAGAGCUGUGGUAGUGAGACUGCUGAGUGCUAGUUCACCACAUCUCAAAGGUGCUGGCCUUCUAACCACGUCUUGCAUCUUCUGAAGUCAGUGCAAACUCCAGACAACGUUUGUAAUACAUGGACAUGUUCAGCUGUACAGGUGCAGUCCUUUUUUAUUAAAAUUGUUUAUAAGAACA